AUGUAUGUUGGCUUUUCUGCGGCCUAUAGUCCACUCAAAAUAGGAACAUCUCAUUUUAUACUUGGAUGGAGCUUCAAGAUGAAUGGUGUUGCACAAGCUAUUGAUCUCUCCCAGCUCCCCAAGCUACCUCGGUUUGGACAUAAGAAAGUGUCUAAAAUUUUCACCGUGGGAUUGCCCCUGAUUUGCAUAACUUUUUCAUUAAUACUAAUAUCUGGAGUAGCUUAUUAUCUAAGGAGAAAGUGGAAGUUUGCAGAAGUGCUAGAAGAAUGGGAGCUAGCUUACGGACCUCAGAGGUUCAAGUAUAAAGAUUUAUACAUUGCCACCAAGGGGUUCAGAGAACAAGAGCUGUUGGGAGGAGGCGGAUUUGGCAGGGUCUACAAAGGCGUGUUGCCAACAAACAGGGUUGAAGUUGCUGUCAAGAAGGUCUCUCAUCAUGCAAGGCAGGGUAUGAGAGGAUUUAUCGCAGAAAUCAUCAGUAUAGGACGCUUGCACCAUAGAAAUUUAGUACCGCUCUUGGGUUAUUGCCGGCGUAAAGGAGAGUUACUUUUGGUAUAUGAAUUCACGUCCGAUGGUAGUCUAGACAGAUUUCUGUUCAACCAACCAAAGUGUUCUCUCAACUGGAACCAAAGAUUUCGAGUCAUCAAAGGUGUGGCGUCAGCAUUGCUCCAUCUACAUGAAGAAUGGGAGCAAGUAGUGAUCCACCGAGAUGUAAAAGCCAGUAAUGUUUUGUUAGAUGGUGAACUGAAUGGAAGAUUAGGAGAUUUCGGUCUGGCAAGGCUAUACGAUCAUGGAACUCUACCUCAAACCACCCAUGUAGCGGGAUCUUUUGGGUACCUUGCCCCUGAGUAUGGUAGGUCAGGGAGGGCCACAACGAAGACUGAUGUAUAUGCUUUUGGUGCCUUUUUGCUAGAGGUUGCAUAUGGAAGAAGGGCAAUAGAUCCCCGAGCAGUACCAGAAGAGAGUAUCAUUUUGGUUGAUUGGGUAUUUUUGUGCUGGAAAGAAGGGGAUAUUCUCCAAGCGGUUGAUCAAAAGCUGGGUGCUGAGUAUGUGAAAGAGGAAGCAGAAUUGGUGUUGAAACUAGGCUUGUUGUGCUCUCAUUCAGAAGCAAAUCUUAGGCCAAGUAUGAGGCAAGUUCUGUUGUACUUGGAGGGAUCAGUUGCCCUGCCUGAUUUAUCAUCACUGGCCAUGAAGGGUUCUGCUGUUGGUUUUGACGUUUCCACAGACAAAUGUUUUUCACAUUCUGUAGCAGACUAUCUUCUCUCUGACGGUCGGUAA